CAUAUGCUAAUGUAGGAUCAUUAUACCGUUGAGCUCGCAUUAUUCAGAGCGCACAGGUAAAGGGAGCGCGCAAUUGUGUUCUCAGACCUCAUCGAGCAGAAUAAGUGGACGCCUUUCUCUGAAGGUCUUUGCGGUUUCUCGGAUUUGUUUAGAUUUUCCGAAUUACGUUAUGGUGAGAGCAGCAUCGGGACCAGAAAGCCCCUUCGAGACAGCAUUCAACGAUUUAAUUGAAGUCAUUCCAGAAUUAGCAGAACCAGAGAUGUACAACUCAAACGCGCAGAUUGUUCCCGAGCAAGACUCGUCGUCUUUUCUAAUGAAAGGACACUUAGAAGAAGCCAAGCUAUACGGCAGCGACACCAACCUUACGAAAGUCAAGGAAGAACCAUCAGGAACGAUGACAUUAGAGUGUCACUACACCACCCCCCUCCCAUCACACGCGGCAAGCUACCUACCAGUCUGGCUAACCACUAGCCUCAUGCUAGACCAAGACCGUGGGCUCACGUCAGACCCAUUCAUCUCUCGACGUAUCCCGGAUGCAGAGAGUUUCGGGGAACUACAGUGGUACCCGGUCAAGCAUGAGCCAACGGACCACGGAGACCAAUUGCUCAUCCAGCAAACACAGCACAUAGUGCAGGCAACUUCAUUUGCCCCAGAGUCACGUGACUACUUCAUGGAGCUCCACCGGAAUCCCAGUAUUAGCAAUAUUCACUUGGAGGCUGAGCCUAGCUGGUGCGGGGGAUUUGAGGACGAGGACCCUUUCGUCAACAUGGACAAUACAACCGACUUAUCCGAGUUGUCGAGCGAUCCCUGCCUUUCCGAGAACAACAGCGACACAGAAAUAACCGAAGUCAAGCCCAGAGACGAGACUGUCGAACGCAACGAGAAAAUCUGGUUCGGUCGCACUGCAGCGUCGUCUCUGCAUCCGCGCUGUGUCCCCGAGGGUCCGUUUCCGAAAAAAGAGAGCAAGAAAAGUAAGGCGACGUUUAAGUCUGGUCGACCGCGCCUGUGUCAGUUUCUUAUUGAACUCCUAAGUAAACCGGAGCGGUACUCCCAUCUGAUCGAGUGGGUCGACGAGGAGAAGGGGAUCUUCAAGUUCAUCAACUCGACCAAGGUUGCACGUGAGUGGGGAGAGAGGCGAAAUAAGCCUUUCAUGAAGUACGAGAACUUUGCGCGCUCUCUGCGCACAUACAUCGCCAAGGGAAUUUUAACAAAACCACGCAGCAAACUUGUAUAUCGCUUCUCCAACGUUUGAGGAGAGCUUUGCGUCUAACGUUAUUCUAGCAUUUGGUGACGGCGUGAGUGAAUUUGUGUUCCUCGAGGAUUGCGGUUUCAUUUACACACAGGAAGCCCGCGGUAAACCAAAGCCCGAGAUCUACAGUGGCAACAACGGUACAAGACAAGUGCUGUUACAGAGAUGUCCUCGUUUGUAGUGUGGACAUGUAGAUAGUUUGUAGCAAAAGCGUGGUGUUUCAGCAGGAUCUGGUACCCUACGCGCUUCCCUUUAAAGGCUUAAUAUUUUACAGUUUCAAAAUUUAGGAAUUUCCAAAGAUUUGUAAUAGUGUAGAUGAAUAUGUAUUCUGAGACAAACUAGCCGGAAUUUUAUCUGGCAGUUAUUGUAAUGUAUAAACAGACGGACUUGGCAAAACUCAAAGCGGGCUCAAAACGCAGGAAUUAGUUUAGAAUAUCGCUUGAAUGGUAUUUUUGUUGAUUCACUUCUAGACUUCUGUCGUCAGAGCAUGCCAUAUGGUGUUGGCUCAACGGAAUUCGUGUCUUGUGAAAGUGUUCAUUGUUGUAUCAUUUUUUUCCUGUUGAGCUUUUCCCGAGAUUUAGCCAAAAUGCGCCGUCGUGUGCUCCGCCUGUGGUCGAGCGAAAAGUAUUUACAAUGUAAAGCUUCCCAACUUCCUCUUGUGGUCCGCAAUGCGGACUUUUUAUUGUAAAAAGUGAUUCUCUUUAGAGAUCAAGAGGAACAUUAUGAUUUUUUUGUAGUAUUUUUAGAGUACAUAUUUCAUUUUGUAGUGUACAUCAACUAUAGUAAAAGUGAUUAGAAAAUUUUUUUUAAUUAUCAUAGAAGAAUAUAGGUGGACUUAAGAGAUACGGGAGCAUAUGUGCGCCAAGUAUUUUGUUUUUACCCUGACAGCAGUCUUAUAUAGUAACCUUAUUUACACUUAAUUUUCGCGACGUCAAUAUUUCGACGUCAAUAUUUUGAGAUGGCGAUAUUUCGCGACACUUUAUUUUCGCGGUUUUUCCUGUUUUCGUAAAAACCAGAUCACUUUAUUUUCGCGAUUUUGGGAUAAUAAAAUCAAGCAAAACAAGUGAAAUUAAAAUGUGCUAUAAUCAUCAAAACUGAAACAAUUUGUAACAAAAAGAUGCGUGGGCUAAAUUUAGUUUCAUAAAAAUCUAUAAAUACAAGUCCAACUCAACCUUUUACCGUACUAUUUGUACAUUAAAUGAUUAAAUAGACAAGGUGCUUCCAUAAAUCUUAUUAAACGGCCAAUAUUGCCCCAAAGGCUUCUUGUGUACUCACGAAUUUGCGAAUUCGCGAAAUAAAAGUGUAAUAAGGUAUAUAAAAAACUAUUAUAGAUGCUUUUAUUAUGGAUUAAACAGAUUUGUUAAGCAAUGGGUCAAUAGAAACAAUAAAAUCACUAUGUGUGUCUGAAAA